UGGAGUUCAUAGCAUACUUUGUGGCUGAGCUGAAAAAUCGAGGUAAGUAUGCUAUGCGAUUAAAAUUCAAUAAAUCGAACUUUAAAAAUACUUUCAAAUUUUGAGAAUCAAUCAAAAUUACCUGUUCUCAUUUUCAUACACCCGAACAUGAAUAUUAAUCCAAUAAUCCGUUCUGUAUUGAGCCACCUCCGAGGGCAAACCAUUAGGAGCUUUCUGGUUGUCUUGCCCGAUCGCAGUCGUAUAGAAAAACAGCUUAAACUGGAGGAGCUGAUAACGGAACGUGGAGUUUUGGAUAUGCGAUCUCAUGAGCUAUCGAUUCAGCAAAAGCGGGUUGAGGCAAAUCUAACCGAUCUGACUCGCUGCAUUAGGGGCAUGGAGUUCGAUUUGAAGGUGAAUUCCCAUCUGGAGAACAAGGAAAACAAAGAACCACGUGGAAGCACUGCGUCGCAUGUUGCCCCGCCAAGCGAUAAGAAAUCACCGAAAGUCGGUGAUUUCAGCGAAUAGCAAAAUCCCCUCGGGUGCUUCCCAAUCCCUGGGGCCGUACUACGGGUAUAAAAGCACUCAUUGCGCCGGAGAUUGGCAUUCAGAAACAUUUGAGAUUGCCAACCAUGAAGCUGUUUGC